GGUCCGUAUGAGAACCGUGAUAUUUUCCAGUCCCUGGAUAUCGCUUGGGAACUUCUGCGUCUGUUCCCAGAGAGUAUGCUGAAGAAGGUGCCUCAAAAGGUCAAGGAUAAGUAUUACCCUCGAGAUCGUGAAGCUCAGAAGGCCGCCCAGGAGGCUCAGUAA